UGACAGAGACGGAAGUUUGUUUGUUUUUCUCAUAAUUUGGAGUUUUGUUCUAAAAUUACCAAUGAUUUUGUAAACUCUAUUAAAAAAAUUUAAACGCGUUUGGACUGCAAAUUUUUAGUAAACUACAUAGCAACAGCGAAAAUGGAAAUUUAAAAAGGCUGACAGAGCCUGCAAAAAAAUUCACCAAAACAGAAAAGGGGAUAAAGCUAACGGGAUUUAUGAGCCCAAAUCACUCUUGCACCCACGCGGAGUAGGAAGAAGAGGAGAGAUAAGGAGAAGAAGGAGUAAAAGGAGCGGACGAGGCCGCAAGUGUAAACCAUGUCGAGCGAGGAGAUGCUAUAUGCGCAGGGCGCGAAAAUCUGGAUACCCCACGUGGAACAGGUAUGGGAGAGUGCCACACUAGAGGAGAGUUAUCGAAGGGGCGCUGGCUUCCUGAAGAUUUGCACCGAAUCUGGAAGCCUCAAGGAGGUCAAGCUAAAGGCCGAUGGCAGCGACUUGCCCCCGCUGCGCAAUCCGGCCAUACUGGUGGGACAAAACGACCUCACCACCUUGUCCUACCUGCAUGAGCCGGGGGUGUUGCACAAUCUGCGUGUCCGCUUCUGCGAGCGUCAGAUUAUCUACACCUACUGCGGCAUCAUCCUGGUGGCCAUUAACCCUUAUGCGGAGAUGCCGCUCUACGGACCGAGCAUAAUCCGGGCAUAUAGGGGCCACGCUAUGGGCGAUCUGGAGCCGCACAUCUUUGCCCUGGCGGAGGAGGCGUACACAAAAUUGGAGCGCGAGAACUGCAACCUCAGCAUCAUAGUCAGUGGAGAGUCGGGUGCCGGUAAAACGGUGUCCGCCAAGUAUGCGAUGAGGUACUUCGCCGCCGUAGGAGGCUCCGAGUCAGAGACUCAGGUCGAGCGUAAGGUGCUGGCAUCUUCGCCGAUCAUGGAGGCAUUUGGCAAUGCAAAGACCACCCGGAACGACAACAGCUCUCGCUUCGGAAAGUUCACCAAGCUGCUUUUUCGUAAUCAAAUGGGCGUGAUGUAUCUGCAAGGGGCCACCAUGCACACCUACUUGUUGGAAAAAUCCAGGGUAGUAUACCAAGCGCAGGGCGAGCGCAAUUAUCACAUAUUUUACCAGUUGUGCGCGGCCCGGGCCAAGUACCCGGAAUUGGUGCUCGACCACCAGGACAAGUUUCAGUUCCUUAAUAUGGGCUGCGCUCCAGACAUCGAACGCGUUUCUGAUGCGGAUCAGUUUAACGAAACCGUACAGGCCAUGACUGUGCUGGGUUUCUCCAUUCAGCAGAUAGCGGAUAUCGUAAAAAUCCUGGCCGGAAUACUCCAUUUGGGCAACAUUCAAGUGUCAAAGAAGUUUAAUGAGGGCACAGAAGAGGAGGACACGGAUUCCUGCGAGAUAUUUCAUAAUGACAUCCACCUGCAGAUCACCGGCGAUCUGCUACGUGUGAGCGCCGAGGAUCUGCGCCGGUGGCUUUUGAUGCGUAAGAUAGAGUCGGUCAAUGAAUAUGUGCUGAUACCGAAUAGUAUUGAGGCGGCGCAGGCGGCGCGGGACGCCCUAGCCAAGCACAUCUACGCCAAACUGUUCCAGUACAUCGUCGGUGUGCUAAACAAAAGCCUCAACAACGGUAGCAAGCAGUGCAGCUUCAUUGGCGUCCUCGAUAUCUACGGCUUCGAAACGUUCGAGGUGAACUCUUUCGAACAGUUUUGCAUUAACUACGCAAAUGAAAAGCUCCAGCAGCAGUUCAACCAGCAUGUGUUCAAGUUGGAGCAGGAGGAGUACCUCAAGGAGGGCAUAACCUGGACUAUGAUUGACUUCUACGACAAUCAGCCGUGCAUUGAUCUAAUUGAAUCUCGACUGGGAGUGCUGGACCUGCUCGACGAGGAGUGUAGAAUGCCCAAGGGCUCAGACGAGAGCUGGGCUGGCAAGCUCAUCGGAAAGUGCAGUAAAUUUCCGCAUUUCGAGAAGCCCCGCUUCGGCACCACAAGUUUCUUUAUUAAACAUUUCUCCGACACGGUCGAGUAUGACGUGAACGGAUUCUUGGAAAAGAAUCGUGACACUGUCUCCAAGGAGCUAACCCAAGUGCUUAGCGAAUCCAACAUGUCCCUGGUCAAGCAGGUGAUGACUCUCGAGGAGAUUGACACAUUAAGCGUGGAUACCGCCAAAUCGUCCACUUUAGGUGGUCGUGUCGUGAUCAGUGCUGGCCGCAAACAGCAAGGGAACGACACCCGUCGAAGAGUGGUACCAUCCAAGCAGCAUAGGAAAACGGUGGGAUCACAGUUUCAGGAGAGCUUGGCCUCGCUAAUAUCCACGCUGCAUGCCACAACACCGCACUACGUGCGCUGCAUCAAGCCCAACGACGACAAGAUUGCCUUCAAGUGGGAAACGGCAAAGAUUAUUCAGCAGCUAAGGGCCUGCGGUGUGCUGGAAACAGUUCGGAUUUCUGCGGCGGGGUUCCCCUCGCGGUGGCUUUAUCCCGACUUUUACACUCGCUACCAGCUGUUGGUUUUCCGCUCCAAGCUCGACAAGAACGACAUGAAGCAGUCGUGUCAGAACAUAGUGAUGAAGUGGAUCCAGGACGAAGACAAGUAUCGCUUCGGAAACACUCAGAUCUUCUUCCGCGCCGGUCAAGUGGCGUUCCUCGAACAGGUGCGGGCUAACUUGCGAAAGAAGUACAUCACCAUUGUGCAGUCGGUGGUGCGAAGAUUCAUCUACCGGCGUCGAUUCCUGCGCCUCCAGAUGGUGAUCAACGGUAUACAGCGGCAUGCGCGCGGCUUUCUCGCCCGCCAGCGUGUUCAGAAGAUGCGGGAAGCGCGGGCGGGGCUGAUCCUAUCAAAAUACGCUCGAGGUUGGUUGUGCCGUCGUCGAUAUUUGCGCCUUCGCCAUUCUAUUUUCGGCAUACAGACCUAUGCUCGUGGAAUGAUGGCCCGCAGCAAAUUUAACGCGAUGCGGGAUCACUACAGGGCGGUGCAGAUCCAGCGGUUUGUGCGCGGGGCCCUGGCGAGGCGAGCCUAUCAGAAGCGACGACGCAACAUCAUCAUUUGCCAGGCGGCGAUUCGCAGGUUUCUGGCUCGCCGUAAGUUUAAGCGCAUGAAGGCCGAGGCCAAAACCAUCUCGCACAUGGAAAAUAAAUACAUGGGUCUGGAAAACAAGAUCAUCUCUAUGCAGCAGCGCAUCGAUGAGUUAAACCGCGACAACAGCAACCUAAAGCACAAGACCAGCGAGAUCAGCGUAUUAAAAAUGAAGCUUGAACUAAAAAAGACCCUGGAGGGAGAAUUUAAGAAUGUAAAGGCCGCCUGCCAGGACAAGGACAAACUGAUUGAAGCCCUCAACAAACAGCUGGAGGCGGAGCGGGAUGAAAAAAUGCAGCUGCUUGAGGAGAAUGGUCAUGCGCAGGAGGAGUGGCUCAGCCAGAAGCAGACGUGGCGCCUGGAGAACGAGGAGCUGCGCCGCCAGAUCGACGAAAUUAUCGAGAUGGCAAAGAACGCAGAGGUCAGCCAGCGUACCCAGGAGGACCGCAUGCUGGCUGAGAUUGACAACAGGGAGCUGAACGAGGCCUACCAGCGAGCGAUCAAAGACAAGGAGGUCAUCGAAACUGAGAACUACAUGCUCAAGGAGGAGCUUAGUCGACUCACGGCCGGCAGUUUUAGCUUGCACGGCCGCAAGGCUAGCAAUGCCUCCAGUCAAAACGAGGACGAUGUGGGCUACGCUUCUGCUAAAAACACGCUUGACAUUAACCGGCCUCCGGAUCUGCUAAGCAAGAAUUAUUCUUACAACGAUUCUACCAGUCUUGUUGUAAAGCUGCGAGCCAUUCUCGAGGAGGAGAAACAGAAGCACAAAAACCUGCAGGAGCAGUACUUGAAGCUGGCCAGUCGCCACAAGCCCACCGAGGAUUCGUUCCGCGUCUCCGAGCUUGAGGUAGAGAACGAGAAACUGCGCAGCGAGUACGAUCAGCUGCGGACGAGCAUAAAACACGGUGUUGAGAUCAACGAGCUCAAUGCUCAACAUGCAGCUUUACAGGAAGAAGUCCGUAGGCGCCGCGAGGAAUGCAUCCAGCUGAAGGCGGUCCUGUUGCAGCAAAGCCAGUCGAUUAGAUCUCUAGAGCCGGAGAGCUUGCAACUGCGGGGCAACGAUGUCAACGAACUUAUGGAGGCCUUCCAAUCGCAAAAGCUCAUUAAUCGUCAAUUAGAGUCCGAGCUUAAGGCCAUUACGGAGGAACACAACAGCAGGCUUAUGGAGAUGACGCAGGAGAUUGAACGGUUAAACAACGAAAAGGAUGAACUUCAGAAGGUGAUCUUUGAAAGUAUCGAUGAGUUCGAGGAAGCCAAUGUGGAUACCCUAAAGCAGAACGACCGCUAUCUGCGUCGGGAACUGCAGAAUGCUGUGGCUCAGUAUCUGGUUGUGCAGGAGGAGCUCAAGCUGGCCAAUGCCAAGCUGAAGGCCUACCGGCAGGAUGGCGGCCAGUUAGAACACAAGCUGGAGGAAGAGAUGAGCCGCAACAAGGCCAACGGAACAUCCACCGACGUGGGCGCGAAUGUGACCAAGCAAAAGUCUCAAAAUCCACAGGGUCUCAUGAAGUUCCACAGCAGCGAUCUGGACAAAAUAUUGCAGCGUCUGCUGAGCGCGUUGACUCCACGCACAGUGGUCGGCCUUCUGCCAGGUUUCCCAGCUUAUCUCAUCUUUAUGUGCAUCCGAUACACCGAUCUGACCAAUGCCGACGAUGAUGUGCGCGAGUUGCUAAGCAAAUUUGUGAUACAGAUCAAAAAAAUGCACCGCACGCCGCAUCCGAUUGAAAACCGCGUCAUUUGGCUUGUUAACUCCAUAACACUGCUCAACCUUCUCAAGCAAUACGGCGAUGUGGAGGAGUAUGUGAAGUUUAACACUGAGAAACAGAAUCAGCAGCAGCUGAAGAACUUUAACCUGUUCGAGUACCGCCGUGUAAUUCUUGAUUUGAUAGUCAAUCUGUAUCAGGCCCUGAUCAUGCAGAUCCAGGGCCUGUUGGACCCCAAGAUAGUGCCAGCCAUUCUUAACAACGAUGAGAUCCAGCGUGGGCGACAGGCACAUGGAAUGCGUAGCCGGGCCACGUCAAUUGGAGCCGCCUCAUCGCCAGAGCACGGAGGCGGUCCAGCCUGGAAGCAACUAAUCGGGCAGCUGGAACACUUCUAUAAGCAAUUCCAGCACUUCGGCCUGGACAACUGCUAUGCGGAGCAGAUAUUCCAUCAGCUACUUUACUUUAUAUGUGCUGUGGCCCUCAAUUGUUUGAUGCUGAGGGGCGACAUUUGCAUGUGGGAGACGGGUAUGAUAAUACGCUAUAAUAUCGGCUGCAUUGAGGAUUGGGUCCGUAGCAAAAAGAUGUCAAACGAUGUGCUGUCACCGUUGGCGCCUCUAAAUCAAGUAUCCCAACUGUUACAGUCCCGGAAAAGUGAGCAAGACGUUCAGACCAUCUGCGAUCUGUGCACUUCACUGAGCACGGCUCAGGUGCUUAAGGUGAUGAAGUCCUAUAAACUGGAUGAUUACGAGAGUGAAAUAACAAACGUAUUUCUUGAAAAACUGACCAAGGAACUUAAUGCCCGACAAACGCAAAAGAGCAUUAGCGAUGAAUUUACCAUCGACCAGAAGUUCAUUCAGCCUUUCAAGGUGGUCUUCAGGUAUAGCGACAUCAAGCUGGAAGAUAUCGAACUGCCUUCUCAUCUGAAUCUGGACGAGUUUCUAACAAAGAUUUAAGAGUCGGAUUUGUCAAUCGACAUACAUGACAUCGUUUUCUUUUUGUGUAUUAUACGGUAUAAUGUUUGGAGAAAUGAAUAAUGUUCUUAUGCUUAGAAAAUCUAUUAGACAAUGAAACGAUGCUUAGCACUGUUGCCGCAAUACAUGUAGUUCCUGUUUAGUUUAAAAUUACCCACCAUUUUCCAUUCAAUUUGUAUCCAUUCCGAUAAUCAAAUGGCUACUAUCCCGAAUUGCCAAUCUUUUUUUGUAAUACGAAACAUUUGUAGUAAAUGUAUAAAAGGUUAUGAACCAACCUUAUAAUGUGAAACGCAAUAAGUGCCGGGAGUAAGACUCCGACCAUAAAAAAACGAGCAUUCCUUGCCUGAACCUUGUACCUUAGAAACAAUAUAUAUAUAUACACAUAUGUAUACAAUAAAUGUACUUAACCGGGCCAAUUUGUUGCCUAAAGUAAAUCUUGUAACGCCGAAACUGCAGAUUAUAGGCUAAGACUCAUAGAGAACACUAUUGCAUUGGUGUUGCAUUCCAUCUAUUUAUCUACUCUCAUUUUCUGUUUGUAAUUUGUUAUUUCUGCUUUGGCCAUGGCUUAGGACUAUGAAAGUAAUAAAAAACCUAAAAUAUG